UUUUUAUCAAAAGUACAUUAAGUAUAAUCCGCGUGACGUUGACCAAUUCUAGGCGACAAAGUUCAAGCACCUAAGGUUGCAGUACUGUUUGGAGGGUCGCUCGAAAUAGCUACUCAUACACAGCUUACAAAUAUCAUAGAUAUAUGAAGGAACAUGUAGAGUGUCAUUCAUAAACAUUUUUCCCCUAAAAACGGCUUUAAACAUUGUAAAAAAAUAUUUGAGCACCAAUAACUGAAAGUAUGAAUGAUAAAUAAAGUGCCACAAACAUUCGUAGCAGCUAUAUUUAAUAGAAAAUACGCUGGUGGAAAUGCUCGACUCGGGCUACGGUGAAUCCGAAAACGUUGCGAAUCGCGCGUCGUUUUCGCUCGCACGGAGAAUGCAAAGCGGAGAUGAGAGAAGCAACAAAGAUAUCGCGCAGCUAUGAUACUCAGUCUUGGUUGCGAUGCUCUCGCGAGCGUAGAGGCAGUCGUGUCUUCGCGCGCUCGAGCAAACGAUAUGCUGUAUCUGAACUUUGCUCUCGCAUUGUCGGCGUUGCUGGUGCUGCUUCGGAGCGAUGGUGCCGCCUCGUGGAAGAAACGCGACGACAAGACCAGAUGCCCGAGGGUCAAAGCGAUGCGCAAUUUCAACGUGACAGAGUUUCUCGGCAGCUGGAAUGUGGUGCAGUACUAUGCUAGCUCCGAGGAGGCCAUCACUUAUCGCUGCAUGAGAGCCGAAUUAUCGGUCAUGCCGGAGAGCGCCGAGGUCACCAUGAACUUCACUUACAGCUUCGCCGACGACCCGAUCAAUGAACAGCUGGUCGGUAACAUCACGUGGACCAUACCGGCACCCGAGUCACCGGCUCACUGGGUACACGCCGAAAAGCCAUAUGAAGGCGUUUACAACACUUACAUACUGGAUUCGGACUACCAAUCGUGGGCGCUGCUGAUGCACUGCGCGGAGAAAAGUAAAACUCCUCGCUACCUUUCAAGUUUCAUCAUGAGCCGAAAAACUAAUCUCACUAAUAAUGUCAUCACGUACUUGCGAGAAAAACUUCCAAGGUACAACAUUGAUUUGGAAUACAUGUUUUCAAUGGACCAAAGCAACUGUACGACUUUGGAUCCAGUGUUAGCUAACUCUUACGUGCCUCCCUCGAUCAUUGAAGCUAAACAGAAGACAAAACCACGGAGGCAUCCUUUGAAGCGGAAGAACAAAAGAGAAUCGACGUAACUUGCUUUAAUAACGCUAAAACGUGUACAUAAUUUUUGUAUAGAAAAUAACUCAAUGAGCGAAGGCAGAAUAAAUAAUCAUAGAAUGCAAAAAUUUUAA